AUGUCUACAUCGCUUUUUGAAAUACUGAUAACUAGUUUCCUGUUCUUAACAGUCGUCUUUGCAAUUGGAUGUAUACCCAUAUACUAUGUGAAGAAUAAGGAGUCGUCAGGGGAAGACCUGUUUUUAAGCAUGCUUUCACUUUUCGGGAUGGGCAUGCUACUCGGAACUGCUUUCAUGCUUGUGAUUCCAGAAGGCAUAGAUGCAUGUUUGGAGCACAACGGUAAUGUAGGCAUCAAUCUGCUGAUUGGGUUUCUAGUGGUGUACCUUUUGGACCAAGCAGCGUCAGUGGUUUCCCAGAAUACGGGACAAACGAGAUGGUCAUCGUUUCUUCAAGAGGGGUGUGAGUUGACAUCUUUAAGGGAUCUGCUUAAUGUGAAAAAGGCUUUCACGCUCGUGGUGAGAAACCAGGUCGUGUUCGCCCUCGUAAUCCAUGGAUUUUCCGACGGUUUGGCGAUGGGUGCUUCAACGAAUAACGAUUCAGUGAAGAUUGCUACUCUGGCGGCCAUUAUUAUCCACAAGAUUCCGGCUGUGCUUUCUCUAAGUAGCUUGAUGGUUACGAAACAAAAACUCCCGACUCUGGAAGCUGCGUCAAACCUAUUGGCAUUUGCUUCAUCUACUCCGUUAGCUUAUCUCGUAGUUUCACUCAUCAACAUGAAGAAUUGGGGCCCGCUCGAGUGGAUAAGUGGUAACAUAUUACUCAUGAGUGGGGGCAGUCUUUUCUACGCGGCUGUGUCGGCCCUUUUGGGCAAUCACAGUCAUACGAACGAUUCACAUGAGUAUGCUGAGGCCCAUGAAAAUUUCAUUAGUGGCCCAACAUCUUAUGAAUUUGCACCCAAAGACAUGACACCCUUCGAAGUGAUCGGUGCUGCCGCCCAGCGCAAGGUACCCUUUGGCGAGACAACCUACGUUUUGGGAGGUGUACUUAUACCUAUCAUAGUUUCGUACCUGAUCCGAGAAAAAGCUUGA